AUUCAAUUAGGUCAUAACAGAAAGGCAGGCAUCAUCAGGACAGGGAAAGUUGACGGCGCCAGAACCCAGGUCAUGUGUUUUUAGAGCAUCGAGCAUGCUUUGUGGAGCUUCCGGUGUUACUGUCGCAGCCUGCACACUCUAUUGCACCACUUUUCUCAGCCUGGAUCCCAACUUUUCUCGACUACAGCACUAUGGAUCUUCUGUGGACGGACACGAGCGCCUCGGUAAUUACCUAUCAUGCAGGAGGUCCUCCAGAACUGGAGCUGACACUGUCAGCAAGCCCCCAACAUUGUGCAGAAUUGUCCUAUCUCCACUGGACUUUCAUGUCCCCUGGUUGAGGGUACAAGCUUGUUGGUCCUACACCUGGUCUACACCUAGUCCUUUUUCUCAUACUGGAUAUUAUAUUGGCUGGACUUUCUGCUGCACCUUCUGCAAUACUAUUUGCCCCUCACUCAGACUUUGGAGUGGAGCAAAUCAGGCACCUUAACUUUAAGCACAAAGACAACAUUAGGGAGAAGCCAACAUCAUGGCCAGUCGACGGAAAGCAUCUACUCCUUGUAUGAUCCGACCAGACCACACCAUAGUGGAACCAGAUGACGAUGAAAUAGAGGAUGCAUGUGAUUUGCAGGCAAAUGUGAAUAACCAUAGAGAUGCAAGCCCAAUGGAAACUGAUGUCUCAUCACAGAAAGAACUACCCAUGGAUCUGGACCUUCUAGAUAAGGCAUCGGACUCACAGUCAUCAACAGACCAUACCACAGCAGAAUCCGAUCUCACCAAGUCCCAACAAAAGCAACAGGGAGGCUACGAGUGCAAAUACUGCCCCUUCUCCACCCAAAAUCUUAACACUUUUAAAGAACAUGUGGAUGCUAACCACCCCAAUGUCAUCUUGAACCCUUUGUACCUGUGUGCUGUCUGCAAUUUUAACACCAAGAAGUUUGACACGUUAACAGAGCACAACGAGAGGUGUCAUCCCGGGGAGAGCAACUUUAAAUUCAAACGCAUCAAAAUGAACAAUCAGACAAUCUUGGAACAGACAAUUGAGGGAUGCAGUAAUAAUGCUGUUAUUUACAACUCUUCUAGCUCUAUUUCUGGUAAAGUGGAGGACAUGAAUAAACCCACUGCAGUCAAAAUCAGCAAACCAAAAAUAAUGUCUUCGGAUAGUAAAUGGACAGAUGGAGCUUUGGGUAAACUUGCCCCAGAGUUGGUUAAGAAGCCAAUCACCGCAGUGAAUGUGAAUGGGACAGUCAUCAUCCCAGAGUCAACGCUCCUCAAAGCGGACAGCCUUGCUCACAUCAUGCCUUCACUACAGCGGCCUCUCAACUACACGCAGGUGCCCAAGAUUGCUGUGCCCUUGAAUACGACCAAAUAUAACCCUUCACUUGACGAUAACUUGACCCUUAUUUCCUCCUUCAACAAGUUUCCUUACCCAACCCAGGCUGAGCUGUCAUGGCUUACUGCAGCCUCCAAACACCCAGAAGAGCAGAUCAAAGUUUGGUUCACCACACAACGGCUAAAACAGGGUAUAAGCUGGUCGCCAGAGGAGGUUGAAGAAGCAAGAAAGAAAAUGUUUAACGGUACAAUCCCUCAGACAUUUGCUGUAGUGGCCCCUCAGCUCAACUCACAAACAUCCUCCAAUUCUUCAAGCUCCACCUCGGCCUCCAAAUCCACCCCAACUGCAGCCUCCCUUCUUCAGCCACUCCCCUGUCAGCUUGUGGGUCAGACCAGCCUCGUGCUCACGCCUGUGGCCAAUGGAUCUGCAGUCACCUGUGCCCCCCUGGCUCUCACUGUGGCUAACCAGGUUGCACAAUCGCUUAAAAGACCUCUGCCUUCCCCUGCGAUUUCCACAGAGACCAAACGGCCGUCCAUAAUUCAAACAAUUUCUGCGCCUGUGCUUUCACCUAAACUGUCUUCACCCAAAGUCCUGAGCUUCACAGUUGAUCCAAACAAAACUGCGGAACAACUGUCUGUGCUGAGGGCCAGCUAUACACAGUGCCCCUUCCCUGAGGAAGAUGAAAUUUACAGGCUGAUAGAGAACACAGGGCUGUCCAGAGGAGAAAUAAAAAAGUGGUUCAGUGAGCAGAGACUUCUCAAUCUCAAAGGUGUUCCUCCCCCACCUGUGCUGGUAAAAGCAGAAGUGAAUUCUCCCCCUAAAGAUGGCCCAAUGAAAAAGAUUGUCCCGAGUCAGUUUCCGCUGCUGGAGAGAGUCAAAGGGAAGAGCUCUGAGCAGCUGAAGGCUCUGGAGGAGAAUUUCCAAAAGAGCAGCUGUCCAACAGAGGCUGAGCUAGACCAGCUGGCCCAGGACACCCGUCUUUCUAAAACUGAGGUGGACUGCUGGUUUUCGGAGCGCAGAGCUCUGGAGAAGGCUCUUCUCAGCAUGAAGAGUGCAGAGGAUCGUCCAGGGGCAAUGCAGAACGGGGCGUCUCAUCGUGAACAGGAGGGGAAACACCAUCUCUCCUCCCCCCACCCCCCUCUUCUGUCCUGUUCAUCUGCAUCUCCUCCGGUCCUGGCAGCAUCCUCCCCACAUCCGCCGACUUUGUCGUCCUCCGCCUCUCCCCCCAUCCUCACUUCCUCCUCCUCAUCUUCGCCCCAUCCCCCCGUACUCUCUGCAUCAAACAGUCCUGCGCCCUUCACCAGCCGCUCCCUCACUCUGCUCAGAGAGAUGUUCUGUCGGACACAGUGGCCUUCUCCAGAAGAGUACAGUCAGCUGGAGGUCCAAACCAGUCUGGGACGCACCGACAUUGUGCGCUGGUUCAAGGACCACCGGUCUGCUCUAAAAAAUGGUGAAACACUAGAGUGGAUGCAAGAGCAUCUGAAAGCAAAAAGCAAAUCCGAGAAACCACAAUGUAUUUCUAUAGAAACCUUGACAGCAAAAGAAGAAAAUACCGGUGAGAAUAUGACAGAGCACUCAAAGCAGUUGGACCAAGACACAGUACAGUGGUUACCAGAAAAGCUGGACCAGGGAGUAACUGUCCUGUCCCAGUCAAGGCCAGACAAAACCAGUGACAAUGCUGCAGACAGUGGGAGGUGGGUGAAGGUGACUGUGGAGGUGGGAGAGGACCCUCAAGCAGCUACAGAAACAAAUAUUUUGGGUUUGGAGCAACCAGGCAGGGUUACAGGCUGAUAGCUGGUUGUUUUGUUCUGAUCAUGAGAAAGCCUAGCGCAGAUCGUAAUAGUGAGGAAACAGUCUCGCUGAGAUCUCAACCUGAAGCACCAUGGACCUUGGAGAUUUGCACUGAAAAGCACUUAAGUGUGGUGCGUAAAUGGACAUAAGAGGAGUGCCAAAGCUGGACUUGAUGCAUUGUUCUUACUACUAAGUGUGUUUUUAAAGCACCAUGUAAAUAUUUUUCUGUAUGGGGUGUUUGUACAGUUUUACUAAGAGGGCACUUUUGGUUACCAUUUUAUACUGCCCCAAACUGGAAUGUUAUUGUUUUAUGAUCAAAGUGUAUAAUAAUCAAAAAAUAUUGUCAUAUUUUUGAAAAUCAUUAUGUUCAUUAGGCGUAGUCACUAAUGGCACUUACUGUACAUAUUCCUGUCAUUGUAAUAGAUUAAGUAAUGUAAGACAUUUUCAGCUUAACUGUACCAGCCAUUUGGAAACUAACCUUUCCUUAUUUCUGCAGCUUCUUAUUGACUUGGCCUCAUAAUAUUUUGCUAGUGAGAGUGAAAAUCACUUACACUGGAAAGUGCUAGAAGUGCAAUUAGUGGGAAUAACAGUGUUUGGAGAAACAGCCACAGCUUUACUGAGGGUUUGCAGUUCUGGGCAAAUAGAGCUGCAUUAGCACAGACCAAGGAAUGAAAGCACUGUAUGUCCUGAUGUCUUCUCUAUGAAAAUGUUUUGCCUCAGUAUAUAAGAUGUGUUCAAAUGGUGCCGAAUGUGGGCUUUUCAUACUGAGUGAGUUUUAUUUUAUUACUUGAGGUGUGUCCUGUUUUGUUCCGCCACGCUGCCUUUGAAGCUUUCACCUGACAUGUCUCUGUCUCUAAACCUGGUACAGUCCUCUCAAUGGUUUAUUACAGUUUUUAAUUUCUGUUGAAACAAAACUUGAAGUAUUAUUGACGGAACAUACAAAUAUUAAGAUAUAAAUUACUCAUGCAUGGUAAAGUAGUCAAAGGUCCCUCAUAAUCUGUGACUACACGUUUCUUACUUUCCCAUCUUUCUAAAAAGACAUUGGCACUUAAUGUUCUUAGAAAUUUCAGGGUGAGGGCUAUUUCACAAAAGUGACAAUUGGCUAAAUGCAAAUACCAGCUUCAUAUUGUUACGUUUCUAAUUUUGUUGUCAUUUCGGUUCCAAACUAAGCUUCUUGCAAGUUUUCAGUCUAUAGUCCAUAGUGAUUGAGCCACACAUGGGUGAAACUCUUGUAUGAAGACAAACUUUGACAAAAAAAAAAAGGAAAACUUGCAAAAGCCUUAUGAUGAAGUUAGCCACUUUUGUGUAAUGACCUUCAAAUAUACAGCUGGGGUAUGAUUAAAGACAAAAUUUGCAUCAUUAACUAACCAUCAUAAACUGUAUACCAAUCAGUACUUGAUUACUAACUGGUCUAAGCAGGUAUACAGCAGUGCUUGCUGAAUGUUUGUGUAUGGCACUGCUUAAGUUUCAUGUUUAAAGAAUCUGAAAUACUGGUCAUUUUUUGGCUUGUAGUAAACACUGCUUGCUUUUUCAUUUUCCAUUAUUCUGCUUAAACAGAAUAAAUACACAUUCAACUGUUACGGAGACAUGUUUUGUUGUGAUGAGACACAAGUCAGUAAAACACAUGGACUAGGUGUACUUUCAAUAAAGAACUGUUAUAUUUACAAAAACAAAAUUUAAUCCUUAAGGAAUUUAGAUUGAGACAAAGCUGGAGUCUGAGCUACGGCAGCUCAAACACUUAACACAAUGUAGAGACCUCUAAACAAACCUCUAAACAGCUGUAAGUGGCUGUCUAUUUUAACCAGUACACAAGAAAUUACAAUGUACUCUGAUAUGGCAUCUUAGAAAUCAAGAGAGAAAAGAUCAAAAUCAUAGAAGAGAGCUGUGAUUGGUCUCUACAGCAACUUGGGGUAAAAAAAAAGAUCAAUGAUGGACAGGAUUAAGAAAAAAGUGAGGAGAGUUUGUACAUCCAAAUAUAUAAAUCCAUAACUGUCUAUUUUCUUCUUGUUCUCUGCUGCACAUCCACAGUAGUAGUUAAAGCAAAGCUUGCUGUGCGGUACUACAUUAGGAAACGUCUUCUUCUCAAACGAUUAUUAUUAUUUUUUUUUUUUUUGUGAAGAGGCAUACAUUUUCCCCAAAAUUACAAACUGCAGUCAUUUAAGGUUAAAAUUUUGGCAAUGGGGGGUAAAACUCAUUCACCCCCCAGACGAAAUCCUUGGCCCCAGUUGUGUCGCCCUGCUCCAAACCCAGCCUGUUCCUGAGGAGCUGCUCUUCUGGUGGGAGGUGCUCCAAAGCCUGACACCCCUCCCCUCCUGUUCGGGAAAAUUCUAUAC